AUGUCGGAGACCGAUGAGAAAAUAGCGGUCGAUCCCGACUUUUACCAGCUCGAAAAUGAAUAUGAGCCUAGCGACUUCCAAUCAGAAACCACAUCUCUCGCUUCCUCCAUCUAUAAGGGAGUGAUGGAUCAUGGCCGACGAUACCAAACCCUUCGGGAAGGCAAAUACUGGGGUCCCUCCGAUGAGAAGCAAUUCGAGGCACUUGAGGCAGGGCAUUUGGUAUCCUUGGUCAUGGAUUCGGAAACAAAUAAUCCCCUAUUUCAAGCCCCAAUCAAAAAUCCGAAGCGCAUUCUUGAUGUCGGUACUGGCAGAGGAAGCUGGGCAGUCGAUGUAGCGGACAUGUUUCCAGAAACCCAGGUUCGCGGCGUCGAUCUUUACCCUCCGCCCAUUGAUUGGAUGCCACCCAACUGCAUUCUUGAAGUCGACGACGUUCUCCAAGAAUGGACAUGGCGUGAAAAGUUUGAUCUGAUUCACAUGAGUCUCAUGCUGGGCUCUUUCAAUGCGCCUGAGUGGGAUAAUGUCUACAGACAGUGCUACGAAAACUUGGAGCCAGGAGGCUGGUUCGAGCAGUUUGAAGGAGGCUGUGAAGUACUUUCUGACGACCGUAGCUUGCCCAAGGACAGUAUCUUGGCAAGCUGGGGAUCGAACAUCAUCGGUGCAGCUGCGCUAUCUGGCCGCCCUGUCGACACCCUCGAUACUAUGCGCAAGGAAAUUGAGAAGGCGGGCUUCAUUGAUCUUCACGAAAAGGUAUACAAAUGGCCUAUUGGCCCUUGGCCAAAGGACCCUGUGUUGAAGGAAGCUGGUCGUCUUAAUUGGCAUAUGUGGAAGACUGGGAUGGACGGAUAUGCCACAUAUUUGCUCACCAAAUUCGGCCUCCCCGAGCCAUGGAGUAUCGAGGAAGUUCAGGUUUAUGUCGCAAAAGCUCGUGCUGAGAUUAACGACCCCAAACACCAUAUCUAUCACUUUUCUCGGCGAAUUUGGGCCCGUAGGCCCACAGAGAAGGAGGCCGCAGAAAUCGCUGCCAAGAAGGAAAAUAGGGAGAAGGAGGAGGAAAAGAAAAAAGCAGGAGCCGACAAGAGUAGCACCAGCCAGGUGACAACACCUGGACUGACAAGAGACACCACUUACUCCGGGGGUGUUUAA